AUGACUCGGGUCUACGUCUACACAACUGGCCUGGUGGCCUUUAUUGCCGCCACGGCCAUGAUUGUCGCCUCCAUCACAGAGCCCAAUUGGGUUUCGUACUCUGUGACCACGACCGCUGGCGAGACGCUCGAGAAGCACAUCGGCCUGCACAAGAGCUGCUCCAGCCUCGACGAUCCGCACUGUCGCGAUUUCCCCUCCAAAGAGCUCUGUCAGUAUGGCGAGCGGUACUUUUGCUCCAUGUGGCGGACCGUCGGCUUCAUGGCCUCGUUUACGAUUAUCCUGUGUCUCGCUAGCUUGAUCGCCUUUGCGCUCGUCAUGAACGGUGGAAAGUACAGGCGCGAGACGGGCUGGCCUUUUGUCUCUGCCCUGUUGACGCUGGUUUCUGCUGUCGAGUUCAUCAUCAUCUCCAUAGUGGCGUACUUGUAUGACCACGACGACCAGUUUACCGUUCCGGGAUGGAAUCUCGAUGUUUCGUGGUACCUUGGCACUGUUAGUGCUGGCAUCUCCUUGGUCAUCGCGGCUGGUCUUGCGGCGUCUGCCUACUUACUCCCGCCUGAAGAGGGCUACGAAUUUCUCGAUGAUCCGCUUAAUGCUUGA